CUUUGUUUUAUCUCCAUUAAACGAGUCGGUGGGUGUGACCAAGCCUACUUCAGGGCGUACUGAAGACGUUCAUCAAAUGCAUAUAUUAUUUUUACAUUAUUUUCUAACAUUAAGAACACACAAUUGAAGAAGUAUUGAGCAUGUAAGCCUAGGUCUAUACAUGACCGCUGGUUGAUAUAUUGAUAGAAAAAGCAUGGAUGAAACACAAUUUUUACACCCCUCCAAAAAAGUAGCCUACAAGGAACUGCGUUUCGUCAUGGGCUUUGGAAAGUAAAUGGUGCUCACUGCUCCGUUUGCAUGUAACAGGCGUCUCACGAAAGAGCGAGUCAUUCUUUCCAAUAGCUCAUGCGUUUGAGGAUCAGUUUCAACACCAGACUGUAUUCGUCGCUGGGAUUUGCUUCGUCAGCCUGGAGAUGUUUCUCCAGAAGGGACUGAGUUUGACCAGCCUUGCCUGCCUGUCCCUGCUCCUCCUGGGCCCCGGCUGUCCUGUGGAGGGGGGAGGGGACGUUGGCUCCAAGCCAAGUGCCGACCCAGACCAGGAGUGGGGCUCUGGUACUUUGCUCCUCCAGGAACUGCUUCACAGCUUCCCAGCCGACAGCCCGUUUGUGUCGGAGACCCCGGGGAAGCCGGCCAACUGCUCCCAGCGCUUCUGGCUGCCCUCCUCCUCCCCAGUCUGCUGGGACAGCAUCGCCGGCCCAGAGGAGUUUGAGCAUUCCAGGCUACUGGUUCUCCAGAACCGUGCGUCUCUGCAAGCCGUGUCCCAGUCCAGCCGAGCCGAGGAGGGGGGGCUGUCGUACAACCAGCAGGUCCUGGAGGAGGUGCAGUGGAUCAGGGCGGAUCACUUGAGCAUGGAGGAGACCAUGGAGAGCAUGCGGAAGGUGUUCCUAACCCAGGAGGAGAAGAGGGUGGAGGGGAAGGAGACUUUCACCUUCUCAAGUAUAAAGGAGCAUAUUGCAAACACCAGGGACUCCCUGAGCAGUAAGGAGCAUGUGGCCGUGGUUCUGGAGGGGCAGUUCUCCAGCCUGGAGAAGUCUUUACACGUCAUGCAACACCGACUUGACAGACUAACGGCUCAGUAAAAACGUUAUAGUCGGCUGCCUGUUUGAUCUCGAGUUGCACAAUGAGUGGUAUCAUCCUAGUAUUUACAACAUUGAUAUUCUUGUGUACUGUAUUGCGUAAUAAAGUAUAAUCUAAUAUUUAACAAUGCAUGCCCUCUCAGGAUUAGAAGGACUGUACUGCACUAUAGACAUUUAGUCAUGUUAGCAGACGCUCUUAUCCAGAGCGACUUACAGUAAGUACAAGGACAAUCCCCCGAGGUAAGUAGGGUGAAGUGCCUUGCCCAAGGACAAAAUGUAAUUUUGCCUAGCGGGGAAUUGAACCAGCAACCUUCUGAUUACUAGCCCGAUUCCCUAACUGCUCAGCCACCUGACUCCUACUGCACUAUAGGCACACUUAUAGUAUCUGUAUGUCUGUAAAGGGUCAGAUCGUGUUCUUGUCUUUAUGCCUUCACUCUGCAUGUAUGAUACUGUGUCAGGGAGGGUUGCUCAUGAACAUGUGGAAAUAAACUCUAUUUUUAUAAUCCCAGUGCAUAA